CAGUCUCUGUCUCCUCCCUUUGUCUGUCUCUGCCCAGCCUCUCCUUCCCUCGGGUCUCUAGUUUUUCCGACUGGCUUCUCUGUCUCCGUCUCCCUCUCCUUCUGUCUCGACCCUGCCUGCCUGCCUCCUUUUUCCUAGGGUCUCAGUCGGUCUGUCCGUCCGGAUCCCUCGGCUCCGAGCCCCACCCCCUUCCUCUGAUCCCAGGUCCCCGUCUCUCGUCGGCUUUCUUUGUCUCGGUCCCCCUCCCUUUCCCCUCUUAUCUCCCGCUCCCCAUCCUUAUCUCCCUCCAUUCUCCUCCCCUUCCCUCCCCCACUUUCCCUAUCUCUGAGUCUCAGUCUCCUCUCUCUUUCCUCCCAGUUUCCCGGGCUGUCUCCCUCUCCCUUGCUCUCCCUGUCUCUCUCCCGUGUCUCUGCUUCUCUCUCUCCCUGGGUCAGGGUCUCUUGGCCCCGGCCUGCUUGCCGGUUCUCCUGGAGGGUCAGAGCCAGGCGGAGACCCAAGGAGAGUCUCCCACCCCCCACCCCUACCCCCGAGGCCGGCCGAGGCUGAACUCCUCCCCACCCCCUCCCCGUCCAGCUCCUGCUCCCGUGGUGCUGCUGCGAGAGUAAAUCGGUUAAUACCACCGAGUUCGGGCCACCACUCGGCGCCUAGAGGGGCCCCACGGCCGACGGAAGGCCAUUUUCGGACCCCUCCUUCCGCCAGGCCGGAUCGCAUCCUUAGCCACUCAGCUCAGCCGCCGGUCGGCUAACACCAACGAGACAGCUCGCCUCGCCCUUCUAGAGCGGCCCCAUCGCGGAGAGGAGGUCGCUUCCGCUUCCCGUCCCCGCCCCCACGCCUGGCUCUCAGCCUCCCGGACGCCUGGGUCCCUAGUUCCGUCCGCCCCACUCAGACCUCCGGGCCCCUGGGCCCAGCAGGGCGGCCCGUUCUCCGACUCCUGCUAGCUCUCCCCCCCAAUCCGGGGGCGGGGACCUGAAGGAGGGACAGCCCCUAGUUGGGGGCGGGGAGGGAAAACAAGGCAACGGGAUCGCCGGGGUCCGAGGGAGGACGCGAGGGAGCGCCCGGAGGCCACGCCGAGAAUAUCCUCCCUGGGAUGGAGCAAGGGGCUGAGCCAUGGGACCCAGAUCUUCAAGGCUCAGAGGAGAGAGAGCUCCUCAGAAGCACCCGAACAGGUGAAGGUAUGGGGAGUGAGAAUGAAGAUCACCCUCAUCACGAUGGGCUGAAUUUUGAGGAUGAUCCCCAACAGGUAUCUGGCCUGGGUUUCAAGGAAACUCAAGAUGUGGCCGUAGGCCGGGAUGAAGGAGAUAGCGCCAUCAAAUUAGAGCCAGAUGGGACCUGGGAAGAUAUAUGGGCAAGUGCAAGCCAUGGGAAACCCCGUUCUCGAGUUCCCAGACCUCUCUCAGAAACACGGAGGGCACAGGUAGGGGAGAGGGCACCUGUGUGUGGUGAAUGUGGGAAAAGCUUCCGGCAGAUGUCAGACCUGGUUAAACACCAGCGCACACAUACGGGUGAGAAGCCCUACAAGUGUGGGGUAUGUGGUAAGGGUUUUGGGGACAGCUCAGCACGCAUCAAGCACCAGCGAACACACAGUGGGGAAAAGCCAUACCGGCCCCGCCCACCAGCUCCAGGUCCCCCUCGGACUCCGAGACCUCGAAUCCCUGCUGGGGAGCGCCCCACCAUUUGUGGUGAAUGUGGCAAGAGCUUUCGGCAGAGUUCAGACCUGGUGAAACACCAGCGCACACACACAGGUGAGAAGCCAUACAAAUGUGCUGUCUGUGGCAAGGGCUUUGGGGACAGUUCAGCACGCAUCAAGCACCAGCGGACACACAGGGGUGAACGGCCUCCCCGCACAGUCUCAGCCCGGCGAGUGGCCCGGGCUCCUUCCUCCAUCCCACAGGGUUCAGCAGCUGGACCCAAGGACAAGCCCCACAUGUGUCCUGAGUGUGGGAAGCGCUUUGUGUUGAGCUGCAGCCUCCUGAGCCACCAGCGCAGCCACUUGGGGCCAAAACCGUUUGGAUGUGACGUGUGUGGAAAGGAGUUUGCCCGUGGAUCCGACCUUGUAAAGCACCUGCGUGUGCACACAGGUGAAAAGCCCUACCUGUGCCCAGAGUGUGGCAAGGGCUUUGCGGACAGCUCAGCCCGUGUCAAGCACCUUCGUACACACAGUGGUGAACGGCCCCAUGGCUGCCCCGAGUGUGGCCGAACCUUUAGCCUUGGUUCUACCCUCCUGCGACAUCGACUCACCCACCUGGAACCACAGGCCUUUGCGAUUCAUGGAUACCCUUUGGCUCCCCACAGCCCCAGCCCACCCCCCAACUCAAGUCCUCCACCGGUUCCCCAUGGCCCUAGUCCCCCACUUGUCCCACGUAGUCCUCCCCAUCCUGGGGAGGGCCCUUUUGGGCUCCCUGGUCUAGAACCAGAGCCAGAGGGCCCCCAGGUUGGAGAGCCGCCCCCGCCAGCAGUGGACAAGCCUCACAAGUGUCCUGAGUGUGGGAAGGGAUUCCGUCGAGGUUCAGACCUGGUAAAGCACCAUCGUGUGCACACGGGUGAAAAGCCCUACCUGUGCCCUGAGUGUGGAAAAGGCUUUGCUGACAGCUCAGCCCGUGUUAAGCACCUGCGCACCCAUCGAGGUGAACGGGCCCGCCCAGCACCAACCCCCCCAGCAGCCCUCCUUCGGCCCCACAAUCCUCCUGGCACAGCAGCCCCUGCUCCCCGGCCUCGGGGCAGACCUCCUGGCACAAGCCGGACUCAUACCUGUGGGUACUGUGGGAAAGAGUUCCCUCGAAGCUCAGACCUGGUGAAACAUCGGCGUACGCACACAGGAGAGAAACCCUACAAGUGUGCAGAGUGUGGCAAGGGCUUUGGAGACAGCUCAGCCCGCAUCAAGCACCAGCGUGGACAUCUGGCGCUACGGCCCUACGGAACAGGGCCCAACAGAGCUCGGCCCCCCAAGGCAGAGCUGGGGACUGGACUAGAAUGAUGGAGCCAGAGGGAUGGGUCCAGAAGGGGGAUGGGAGGGAAUCUGCUGUUGCCUGAGGUAGGGAGUAAGGGAAGUGAUAACCAGAGGGGGAAAGGAGAGGCAGGAGGCAGAGAGCCAGAGAAGAGGAGGUCAGGGAAUGUAGGGCUUCUCCAGCUCCAAGCCUCCACCAUUCCCCGCUGGUGACAUCAGGGCUCCCAUUAACACUGCCGGGGGGAAGACCAGUGUGGGUACUGUCUUCCAUGCCAGCUGGGGCUUUGACUUCUAUUUCAGGGCUUUUCCUCUGAACUGGUUAUCCGGGGACAGAAUUAGACUAGUGUUCCAUGAAGCCAGACCAAUCCUUGGGUGGGCCAGUGUACUUGGCCCACCCUCCCCAAUCAGCCACCAUGCAACCUCAUGACUUUAGGUGAGAAGGGGACCUGACAAGAUUGUGGAAUAUAGUAGUACCAUUCUAUACCCUGUGAUUUGAGAAACCACACAUGCCAUGCCCUGCUGCUGAUGGUUCUGUAGAGUCAUUUUCGUGUACAUGAUGAUGGGUAGCAGUGUCCAGUCUUCAGUUCCUCAGGACUGCAGAAGGGGCCAGGUGGCUGUGGGUGGAGAAAGCAGGGGAGAGGCCUAGCAAUGUGAAUGAACCUUCAAGGAGAACUUUUUUUCCAUCCCCCCUCUUCCCCCCAAAAAAGAGGCUAGGUAGGCAAUAAGGGUUUUAUCUCUGGGAUCUCUGUUGACACUAUCUCAUCUCCAAUAAACUGUC